AACAUUUCCUCUUUUUAUUAUCAAUAAGCAACAGAAAAAGAACCAGCGGAAAAUUUCAAAAUUCUUGAAAGCAAUGGACCAAGAACAAACACCACAUAGCCCAACCGGCCAUAGUCACUCACCUUCCUCCUCUGCUUCCGGUUCCACCUCGACCGAAACGGUUCGGUCACGAUGGUCACCUAAACCGGAACAAAUACUCAUACUUGAGUCGAUCUUCAACAGUGGUAUGGUUAACCCUCCCAAAGAAGAGACCGUAAGGAUACGAAAGAUGCUCGAGAAGUUUGGGGCGGUGGGAGAUGCAAAUGUCUUCUACUGGUUUCAAAACCGGCGGUCACGAUCUCGCCGGAGGCAGCGGCAACUCCAGGCCGCAGCUGCAGCUGCGGCCGCAACCACCAAUACUUGUGAGCAGACCAUGAUGGUAAACACCAGCUUACCACAAUAUAGUGGGGGCGAUUUGGGGUUUGGAGGUUGUAGCACUUCCUCAAAUUACUUAUAUGGUGGGUCAUCAUCUCAAGCUCCUUCUUUUUUUCUUGGUCUUUCUUCUUCUCCUCCUUGCUCAAGCUCCUCUUCAACUUCUUCUUCAGCUAGCUCUUCAACUUUUUCUUAUGGCGGUGGAUGUGAUAAUCAUACCAAUAAUGGUAUGGAAAAUCUCUUAGCAAGGUCUGGUCAAAUGGGUUACCAUGAAGCUAGUCAGCAUCAACAUCAACAUCAUAGCUCAAAUCUCUCAUCAAUGUUUUGCCCAUCUGAUCAAACCUCCAAUUAUGAUCACUACCAACAGGGGUCUAUAACGGUCUUUAUAAACGGAGUUCCAACAGAAGUGACUAGCGGAGGUAUAGACAUGAAAGCGACGUUUGGAGAAGAAUUGGUUUUGGUGCAUUCCUCGGGUGUUCCUCUUCCUACUGAUGAGUUUGGUUUUUUGAUGCAUAGCUUACAACAUGGUGAAGCUUAUUUCCUGGUUCCAAGACAGACAUGAACUGGGUUUACUAUUGGCUGUGGUUCUCCAACAGAUGCCUUGUUAAUCUACCCUAGACUUUAUUGCUGCGAUCCAUCUGUAUUUUGUUCUUUACUUUCCGAGUCUAUAUAUCGUGCAAUCAAAGUUUCUUAUGGAUUUCUUAAUUUUGUAAUUUAUUAACAAAAAUGAAGUCAAAAUCUCUUCUAAGACGAAGAGAUUUUUAGGUUUCGCAUCAGUUUAGUGAUUUAGUUUAAAGUUAUGUUACUGUUUUUGAAUAAAAUCUGUGUCUAGGGAUCUCCAAGCUAGUUUGUGUUCGGAGUAACGAAUGUUAUUGGGAGUAAGACAAAUAAAUAAAGUCGAAGUCUAUUA